CGAAAGUAUUCCACGAAAAGUUUAAUUAGUUCCUACGUUUAGCAGGGGAACAGUUUACAUACUUGACAGAACCGACAAAUGGCAUCAUUUGAAAUCGAUGUGCUGAGAAGACGGAGAAGAUCGAGUAUGGAUGCACAUUCACACAUGUCUGCGGAGUUGAGGAUCGUGCUGUUUAGUAGCAGAAGGCCCUUACAGACCAUCGUCUCAAACUGUAUCCUGGGACGGCAGGUGAUCAUGCCAGCUGAAGGUAACUUUUCACAGAUUUCGAAGAAUCACGAGGAGAUAGAGGGCAGAAAAGUAUCAGUGAUCAACACAGGAAACUUCUUCGAGAAGGACCAUACACAGCAACAUAUCAAAAAGGAGCUGAAGAGAUGCGUGUGUCUGUCUUGCCCUGGACCCCAUGCUGUCCUUUUAAUCCUGGACUUGGAGGACAUCUCAGCAACUGGUGUCCGUAUUGUGGAAGAACUUACCAAGUACUUUGGGGACAACAUCUUAAAGUACACAAUUCUUCUUCUGUGCCAUGAGGGUAUGGAAGAAGAUGCAAGCUUGGAGGAUAGACUCUGGGAAGAUAGAAACCUCAGAGAGAUUAUGGUCAAGUGUGAACACCAGUAUCAUCUGUUUAACAAGAAUUCUAUGGGAGCCGGUCCUUUGCUGGAGAGGAUUGAGAGUUUGGUGGCUAAGAAUGGGGACAGAUACUUUACUGAGGAGCUGGAGAGGGAGAGAGACCAAUAUCUGAAGAUUGUCAGGGCUGAAAUUAGAAAAGAGGCUGAACAGGAUACUGAUUAUGAAGCAGGAAUGCCUGGUGCAUUCGUAGGGGGACUUGGAGCGACAACAAUGAUGAUGAUGAUGAGAGGGUUAGGGGGAGGAGUAACAGGGUCAGUGCUGGGGAUGAUAGGAGCUGCUAUAGUAGUGGCAGUGGUAGUUUGGAGAUUUUGGAGACGUUAGAGGUGCUGCUGCUGACAUUGCAGGAGAUUAAAAAGCGGUGCUGAAUUAUACUGCAGUGCUGUGCUGUUUCUUUUAAAAAAAUGAAUUCUCCAUAAUUGUCCAGAAUGAAGAAUUAAGUUGUCACUGGCAAGCUAGAUCAAAAAGAAACUGAAAAUAAUAAACUAGAAUUAAUGCAUCACCAAAGUAGACUUAAAAAACAUGAAGACAUGAAAGAAAAGUUUUGGAUAACUGGGUGACUGGUAUAGGGAUUGACUAUGUACAGACCGUGUUACCGUGUAGUUCUCUAAAUCAGUAAAUUGAGUUUAUGGAAAUUAACUGUAAAAUAAAUGUUUUACAUGGUAAUGUGUUAUUGUAAGAUAGGAUGGCUUAUGGUUCUUUAUGCUUGAAAAUCACAUUGUACAUUGUGAGUUAGUGAAUUUUAUUACUGAACUAGCUAGGGCUGCAAGGAUUCAUCGAGUAACUCGAAUAACGCGAUUACAAAAAAUCUUUGAUGCAAAUUCUUUGCUUUGAUGCUUCAUUUAAUCCGUUCGACUAUGUACUGCCCAGUGAUCACCGUGUUUCACACGGAGGUUUAUUACUGUCGCACAGUGUGCUUACGCUGCGUCACGUGUAGCGGAGUGAUACAAAAAACAGAGUGGAGGCGAGACAAGAUGGCGGCGUAAAUGGUCGUGUAUUACGAGCUCUCAGCACCAGCUUCUGGUUAGAUAUAUAUAUACAUGCAGUUUUAGAAAUUCUGUAAAACUAAUUAACACCAUAGUGCAUAUACUGUGGUACUACUGAGCCAGAAAAAGUCAAAAUAUAUACAAAAUAGACCCAGUGAGGAUAACAAAACCGGGAACAGCCAAAUUGUUAACACUAGUGACCAUGACAAUAAAGGGGGGAUAACUUAUGAAUAAAUGAAGAAGAAUUUCCUGCACUCCCUAUAACACCAAGUCGACCUCCUCUUGCCAAGAAGCCUGCUUUAUCCAGUGCACAUGCUGAUGAAGUUAUUAAAUCUGACAAGAUUGUAGCUACUCUCGCUGACUCACUUGAGGGUAUGGCAAAGGCUACCUGUGCUAAAAUGAAGGACUUGAAGGACAAAAUUGUCUGCAUUGAAAACAAUGAGCAAGCUAAGCUGACCUGCAGGAACCAUGUGAGGGAUCUGGACCGUUAGGGUAGAUGCUGGAAUAUGUAACUCCACAGUGUCAGAGAGGAUGUUAGAUAAAAUGUUCGAGAAGAAGCGGUUCACAUCUGCCAGGAAAUUAUACCACAAGAUUGGGAAAAGCUUUCAGAAGCCAUUGAUGUUGCACACCGGCUGAGAAACAAGCGUCCAAGUGAUUGAAGUGGGAGAGAAACAUCUCCAUCCUCAAGAAGGCCCAGCAGAGGAUGAACUUCCUGCGACAACUGAGGAAGUAUGAUCUCCCACAGGAAUUGCUGAUCCAGUACUACUCAGCAGUCAUGGAGUCUGUCCUGUUCUCCUCCAUCACAGUCUGGUUUGGAGCAGCAACCAAACAGGACAGGAACAGACUGAAACGGACAGUUAGGACAGCAGAACGAAUCAUCAGUGCCCCACUACCCUCCCUCCUGGAUUUGUACACUUCAAGAAUCAGGAAAAGGGCAGGAAAAAUCAUCACUGACCCACCACAGCCUGGAAACUGUCUUCCCCUCUGGCAGACGGUUCAGACGUCUGCAGACCAGGAUCAGUCCCCACAGGUUCUUCUCUCAAGCCAUCACCCUUACAAACAUCUGACCUGCA